CACUGCAGGGGAGGGUACAGAGAUUCAGCUUUAAACAAUUACGAAAAACAAAACGGCAAACCUCAGUUACACCAGUCGAAACAACAGUGGAUGGUUCACUUUAAGCCCAUUCAUUUGGAGAUCUAGUUGUGCGGUGCUGUUGUGAGGGCUUUGCCAGGAUUGGCUGGCUGUACUACGCGACUCAGUGGACGGCGAGAGGAGAGUAAAAGGAGGGGAAGGAAGAGGGGGACAGGCAGCUUGCUGAUAGAAGUCUCUCGGUGUUCUAUUUUGCGUUCCACUCUAUCUCGCCGUUAUAUACAGCCUUUGAUCUUGUCUUUCCAUGCUUCAUCGCAUUUCCUCAUGGGGAAGUCGCUGUUUUGGAGUGCGGCAAUACUGCAUGCAUAACUUCUGAGAUUUACAGGAUACAGGCACGCUUGGACGGGGGAAUUGGAUACGAUCCACACGUGGACUUGUCGCCGUGAAUUAGCUGUUUGUUUCUGUAAUAGACGAUUAGACAAGGCAGUGAUGUGGUUUUAUGAAUAGAGUCGUUUGUGCAGUCGUACUAUUGAUCGCUUGAGUGAACAUUUUGAAGAUUUGUCUACAGCAUUUCCUUCCACGGAGUCUAGCUUGCAUUUGUUUAUUUGGAACCAUGGAACUAAUGUGCAAAACUGUCAUUUAUUUUCUUGAUGCCUGUACCUUGCAUUAAAAAAGGACGUACAGUUAUUUUCCUUCAAAUGUGUUUGCAGUAGUUUUUUUUAGUAGUGCACAUGACGGAGAGUGAGCUCUUUUUACAUGUAGAAAUUUUUUGCAUGAAUUGUGUGGUCAUAUUUUGAGACUGGCAUGCUUUUGAAGCCAACCGUACCGGGACUGUGCGCAAUGUUGCAGACAAUCUAUGAGACAGAAUCCUGCUUCUCCUCAGACAGCACGUCCAGCCGAGAUCCUCCCAUAGAGCUGCUACCUCAGUCUAGAAGCACCAGCAUGCCUAGUACCGCUGUGGAUGUGAAGACCUUGCUACCCUCUGGGAUGCAGAGCCCAGUAGGAGGUGGAGGAGAUCAGGGCAGGGGUAGCGGAGUGCCGGUGGACCUGCGAACGGACCCACGUCUGAGUGCGCUGAGCGCGGUGGAUCCAACACUAAGAGAAAAACAGCUUCAGCAUGAGCUGCUAUUACUCAAACAACAACAAGAGCUCCAGAAACAGCUGCUGUUCGCUGAGUUCCAGAAACAGCACGAGGUUUUGACCCGCCAACAUGAAGUGCAGCUACAGGAACAUCUUAAGCAGCAGCAGGAAAUCUUGGCAGCAAAGCAUCAACAGGAGCUGGAGCAGAAGAGGAAGUUAGAACAGCAGCGUCUCGAAGAGAUGGAGAAACAGCGGCUGGAACAACAGCUCAUCAUGCUACGGAACAAAGAGAAAAGCAAAGAGAGUGCCAUAGCCAGUACUGAGGUCAAACUGAAGCUACAAGAGUUCCUGUUGAGCAAAAAAGAACCCAGCCCUGGUGGACUAAACCAUUCUUUCCCUCAGAAGUGCUGGGGAGGUCAUCAUACGUCCCUGGAGCAGAGCUCCCCUCCGCAGAGCAACACACCAGGAACACCUCCCUCCUACAAGCUCCCUCCACUGCGAGGGGCCUACGAAGGCAAAGAUGACUUCCCUCUUCGUAAAACCGCCUCUGAGCCCAAUCUGAAGGUACGUUCGCGGUUAAAACAGAAGGUGGCUGAGAGGAGGAGCAGCCCACUGCUCAGACGGAAAGAUGGUACUGUGAUCAGUACCUUCAAGAAAAGAGCAAUAGAGAUCUCAGUGUCCUCUAUGUGCAGCAGUGCUCCUGGCUCAGGGCCCAGUUCUCCGAACAGCUCUAACAGUGCCAUUGCUGAGAAUGGCUCCAGCGGCUCCGUCCCAAACAUCCACGCUGAGCAGUUACGUUCUCUGCAUCAGUCUAUGACCGGAGACGGGACACUGAGUCCCCUGAGCCUCUACACCUCUCCAUCUCUGCCCAACAUCUCUCUGGGACUGCCUGCCAACGCACACAUCACGGCCCCUCAGAAACUCGGGGGCCAGCAGGAUGCAGAGCGGCAGGCAAUCCAGAAUUUGCGUCAAGGUGGGGCACUCACGGGGAAGUUUAUCAGCACAUCGUCCCUGCCGACGUGCCUUCCCACAGGGGCACCCCAUGACCCCGAGCCCCCUUCCGCUCCUAACAGCCACAGUAGCCAUUCCUCACUGCUCCAGCAUGUACUACUGUUGGAGCAGGCUCGUCAACAGAGUGCACUUCUCGCAGUUCCUAUGUAUGGGCAGUCUCCGCUGGUGACAGGUGAGCGGGUUUCCAACAACAUGCGCACAGUGAAUAAGUUGCCUUGGCACCGGCCGCUGAGCCGCACACAGUCAGCGCCCCUACCGCAAACACCACAGGCCCUGCAGCACCUCGUAAUGCAACAGCAGCACCAGCACUUCCUAGAGAAACAGAAACACUACCAGCUAAAUAAGAUCCUCUCCAAAGGGGCGGAGCUUCUAAGACAGCCUCCGACUCACCCUGAGGAGACAGAGGAAGAGCUUACGGAAACUGCAGAGAUGCAUGAGGAGCGAGGGGAGGGGGUUGAUCAUGUUAGGGAAGGGCUGCAUAAAGAGAGCUCUGGUGAGACCACGCCCCCUUCUGAACGUCAGGUCCCAUUAAAGGGAGAGAGCACAGAAAGUGACUUGGAGGAAGAAGAUGAUGAAGAUGAAGCCAUUGAACUGAGGGAAUGUGAUGAAGAGGGUGCCCCCUAUGGUCAGUAUUUGGACCAACAGCAUGCGCAGCAACUGAAUGUGUUCCAGGCCUCUCUUUCCAUCACAGGAAUGCCCCACAGACCCCUAGGAAGGGCACAGUCCUCCCCCGUCACUUCUAGUCUUAAAGGAAUGCCCUUGACAGAGAUACCCAUCAAACAUCUUUUCACGACAGGGCUGGUAUACGACACCUUCAUGCUAAAGCAUCAGUGCAUGUGUGGCAACACAAACAUUCAUCCCGAACAUGCUGGUCGCAUUCAGAGUGUUUGGUCGAGGCUACAGGAAACAGGGCUGCUCGGUCGCUGUGAGAGGAUCAGAGGAAGGAAGGCAACACUAGAUGAAAUCCAAACUGUGCACUCAGAGUACCACACACUGCUGUACGGCACCAGUCCCUUGAACAGACAGAAACUGGACAGCAAGAAACUUCUUGGUCCAAUCAAUCAGAAAAUGUACGCUGUACUUCCGUGUGGAGGCAUUGGGGUGGACAGCGACACAGUGUGGAAUGAGAUGCACUCGUCAGGUGCUGUGCGUAUGGCAGUGGGCUGCGUCAUUGAGCUGGCAUUUAAAGUUGCCGCUGGGGAACUGAAGAACGGUUUUGCUGUGGUCCGUCCUCCUGGUCACCAUGCUGAAGAAUCCACCGCCAUGGGUUUCUGCUUCUUCAACUCUGUGGCCAUCACUGCCAAACUCCUGCAGCAGAAACUCGGAGUGGGCAAGAUCCUGGUCCUAGACUGGGAUAUUCACCAUGGAAACGGGACCCAGCAAGCCUUCUACAACGAUCCCAAUGUGCUGUACAUUUCCCUGCAUCGCUAUGAUGAUGGCAAUUUUUUCCCAGGCAGCGGCGCUCCUGAGGAGGUGGGUGUUGGUCCAGGAGAGGGCUUUAACGUCAACGUUGCCUGGACUGGUGGAGUAGAGCCACCUAUGGGUGAUGUUGAGUAUCUCACAGCCUUCAGAACGGUGGUGAUGCCCAUAGCCAAUGAGUUCUCCCCAGAUGUGGUGCUUGUGUCCGCGGGCUUUGAUGCUGUGGAGGGCCACCAGUCACCCCUGGGUGGAUACAAUGUCACCGCCAAAUGUUUUGGCCAUCUCACUAAGCAGCUGAUGAAGUUGGCUGGUGGCCGUGUGGUUUUGGCACUGGAGGGAGGUCAUGACCUCACUGCCAUUUGUGACGCAUCGGAGUCCUGUGUGGCUGCAUUGCUUGGAGAAGAGUUGGAUCCUUUACCACUGACUGUCCUUCAACAGAAACCAUGUCCAAAGGCAGCAGCCUCUUUAGAGAGAGUCAUUGAGAUUCAGAGUAAGCACUGGGCGUCUCUGCAGAGGUUGGCUCCUACAGUUGGUCAGUCUCUAUUGGACGCUCAGAGACGGGAGAAGGAUGAGGCAGACACUUUGACCGCCAUGGCCUCUCUCACUGUGGACAAUGAUCAGACAAUGACCUCCACAGAAACCAGCAGAUCAGCAGAGGAGCCAAUGGAGGAAGAGCCUGUGUUGUAGAAGAGAAAGUAGUAGGUCACUGCUCCAACCUUCUUGUCCACACCUGCUCAGCUCUGGUCACCCUGACGUCACGACUCAUGUUACACCUCCCAGCUCUUUGAUUGGCUCCCUCGGUCCUUCACUCAUUUUCAGGUGCUUGACUGACACGUUCACAGCCUGCCCACUUUCGCUUUCCUGAGGUUAAAGCAUAGCAGAUUGCAGCCAAAAGAGGACAACAAAAUCAUGAUGGGUAUAUACAGGACCACUCCAGUGAGGGUCAGGCAGCUAACCGCUGGAUAGACCGAAUAAUGGAAAACACUUUGGAGAGAGGCCUUUGUUUUUAUUUUCUCUCAUUUGUUUGGACAUGGGAUGUAAAGAUGAAAGUGCAAAAAAAGAAGAGGAGGAAGGACAAAUUACAGCACGUGAUGUUGUCAUUCUGAGGGGGUGGAAAUAAAGCUUUGUUUUCUGUACAAAGUAUAAGAAAUGUAUAAAGUUCCAAAAAAGCCAACAAGCAGCAAAAAUAUUUCAGCACAAAACAUGCAUAUACACUUAUUCACAAGAACACUGUUCUUGAAAAGAGGAACCCAAUGUUCCGAUUGUGUUGAUACACCGUUUUUGCAGACAGGUUUACUCGUUUACACUGUACUGUGUUGAUUAUUUGGUAUACUUGAUGAUGUGUAUUAUAUCCUGUGAUGAAAAGCACACAAACAUACGAGAUAUAUAUAUAUAUAUAUAAGCAUAUAUAUGUAGUUUUGUGUGCACUGUAAACACAUUUGAACAUACAAAAAAUAUAUAAAUACUUUAUAUCCCCUUUACCGAACAUUUGUUAUCAGCUGUGGUUGUACAUAUAAGCCUGCAGUCUUUCGUGGAAAUGGAAGAUGAUGGUUUGCCUUUUUUUCUCAAAAGUAUCUUCACACUUUAUUCUCUCAGAGAAAACAGUACUUUUUUGGAACAUUUGGCUUUGCUAUGACAUGUUCACACAUAAACACAAAGCAUAAAUAAUGCUGAGCUAUCCAUUUUACGAGAAAAGGUGUAAAAUACAAAGAACAGAUUUUCAAAGUGUCUAUCUUUGAGAUAGACACAUAAUGGUAAUGUCUCAAGAAAUACUUUUUUCAAGAACUUGGUGCCUUUUAUACUAAGGAAAAUAUUUAAAACACCAAUACUUAAAUCGCAAAUCCUCAGACUUAAAUUUCAUUGAUUUGUUUGGUUUUCAAAUUGCCUUAAUUUUUCAAAGAAUGCUAAUUUUAGACAUGACGACGGAGAGCACAAAAAUCAUACGUCUGCCCCCUUUUCUUUUUGUUUUUACUUUUGCAUUGUUUUUCUUUCUCUCGUUGUUUAUUUCUUGGGAUGUACAUGUUGCGAUCUUGGUAAAAGGUUUGGUUACCUUUUUUUUUUUUUACUGUUUAUGAAAGAAUGAACUAAAGAAAUUCAGAGAUUGUCUUAUUUAUCCAUCUUGUGCCGUAGACUAGCACAUGAUGCGAUUAUUUGAAAACACUGACAAUGUCGUGACCAACUUUUUAUUUCUUUUAUUUUUAUUUUUUUAUGCCACCUUCAUUUGUAUUUUAUUUGUUUGUUUCCCCUUCUCGUCAACUGCUUUAUUUCCAUUGGCGAGAGAGUGUUAGCGGUGACUUGUUUUUAUUGAAAAACAUUUCCAUUUUUGUACAAAAAAUGUAAAAGAAAACAAAAAGAGUUCUGUAUCAGUGUUAAUUUUGUCAUUUGAUUUUAAGUAUUCUCUUAUAAAGAAUGUACAGUGUGGUACAGAUGCUCCUUAUUUUACCGAUGAUGUUGAGUUAUGUCACUGUGCAGUGCAUUUUGCAUUGCUGUUUUUCAGGAUUUGUCUUUUUUCAGAAUUUAAAAAGAAGGACAAACAUUAUUUUGUUUUCUUUUUCUGGCAAUAAGAUUGACUACCACUUUUUUGUUUAACACUAAUAUAUUCUGCGAAAAUACUGGUUAUAUUUUCAUCAUCUUUUGAUAUAGCUUUUAUGCUAUGUAUAUGGCUAUUUUGCACCACACUAAUGGUAAUCAUUCAUAACUGUUGACAGUUUGUCGUUUAAUAGCCAUAUGCUGGUUAAUCACUUCUGCACUUGUGGUUGAAAUUGCUUUUUUAUUACCCUAAGAUAAUAGUGUAAUAUACAAUACAAUUUUCACUGUGUAAUAACAGCUUUUUGGGGGGCUAUAUUCCACUGCAUGGAUUUGAUCCACUGCAUCCUUUAGACAGCAAAGAAAACCAGUGUAUUUAAUUAUGUAAUGCCAACCUCUUCCUAGACAUCCUUCAGUUUAACAACUUUAAAGAAGAAGAAUAACUUGGUCUCAGAUGUAACAAGCCCCCCCCCCCCAUUUUGCACUAUUUCUAUACUGUAGGUCCAAACCAACCACAUAUUUUCAGUUUCUCAGAUUAAAAUUUCAGAGGCAUUAAACGCAAAGCAGAGUGAAUUGUCUCCGCAAAUAUGUUUCAAUUAAAUGUGAACUCUCUCGUCAACGUUUUGCGCUCGCAACAAUUUCUUUGUGUAUUUUCAUUGAUGAUCUGAUGUUGAUGUUGAAAUUUCUUGACUCCGCUCUCAAUUGAUUUAUUUAUUUGGAGUCAUAUAUGAAUUUGAAUGUUACAUUGGUUUUGGAUCAAUAAUGGUCUCAUUGUAAAUUGAUGAAAAAUGAGGUAUCUGCAUAUUAUCUGUUCUCUUAGACAGCCUCUGGGCAAUAACUUACAUUUUUAAAUAUUGUGCAUCACAGAAGUUAUCUAAAAAAAAAAUAAAACCACCAUUUUUCACAACAAACAGUCAUCUAUGAAGAGCCAUGUUAACUACGUUAUCUGAUAAAGGAUUUAUAAAUAUGUUUUGCUGUCUGUUAAAACACUAACAUCAGCUGUUCAUUUGGUCUCAAACGGUCUCUUUGUUAGUUGUCGUUUAUCAUCAGAUAAAACGGUUUUAUUGACUUCUAUCGGUGGGCUUUGGUUAGGACAAACCUCCACCUUUUGCUUGGCAAAAACUGAAUUGAGAUUAAAGAGAUUGUCUUGUCGGACAGGAAACUAAACACUUUGUGAAAAAAUUAGGCUAACUAGCCUUUGUACUUAGAUACUGUAAUAUACACUAAGAGAAUUUCCCUCUUCUAUGUGACAAUGAGGUGUGCUGUCUGCAACAGGAACUACUGUGAUUUUUGGAUGUGGAUCACCAACCAUUUGUGCAGUUUUGUAUCUUCAACCUACAUGGUGUUAAACAGUAUAUUGAACGUGCAGUUGGUGUUGAAAGCUUUUUCUCCGUUUUUGUUUUUUCUUCUUUUAAUUUUCUGGAUCAAUCAGCAGACAUGUUGGUCCCUGAUGGCCCUUUUUGAGACCUAGACCUUCUCUUUAGGUGUGUUGGUUUGAGCAAUACAUAGAUAGGGGAAAUAAUCGACAAGAUGUAAUACAGUAUGAUGCUUGGCUUUAUUGAACAAGGCAUUUGUGAAGCUGGGUGUAUUUCCAACACAGUCUCUUUCGCAAUGAUCUUUACAUAAAGAAAGCAAAAAUGUCAACAACGUGAACAGGGCCUUAUGAUCAUGGACACAGGAAACCUCUGUAUGUGUAAAAGACAUGGAUGUUCACCUUGGAAAAUAGCUUUACUGUCGCUGCCACAUAUUUUGCUAUUCAGUGCAUUUGUAUAUUUAUUGAUAAUUCAUAUGUUGUGUAUAUGUAGUGACCUAUGAUCGUCAAGGUUCAAAGAGUGCUUGUAUAUUUUUUGACUUUAUGAAAGAGAGGUUGUGUCUCCUUCACUGUCCCUUCAUUUCUUUGCUGUUUGACAUCACUCAUUGUGAUUGGGAGUUUCGAUUUGUGAGGUCUUUUAACCUUGAUCUUAUUUUCUCUCUUUCUUGUCUAUGUUCUGGUCAUAUUGAUAUGCAGAAGCUCUGAAAUUAGCAAAGCACAUUCCCUGAUUUGUUGUGUUCUUUCAAUGCUUUCAUGUUGCGACAAUACAAAGGUGUGUAUACUAACUGCUACACACAUGUAUAUAGGGUGCAUAUAUAUGUACACAUGUGCAAUACACGCUAUUUGAGCAAUCUAUUACUGUGACUAUUAAUCAUUAAAAAUUGCUGU